UCGAAAGUAUGAUGUGUAAACGUUGGAAAAAAUGUCGAAGAUGAAUAAACGCCUUCUACGAGACAGAUUAGCUAACUGGGAGUCAAGAAACAAUCCACUGACGUCCUUGUCAACAAAACAAAAGGAUUUAUGCAUACAGUUAUCGUCAGUAGUGAAUGAGAGACGAAUUCCAACAGACCUGCCAGAGGAAGAUGGACAUUCUGCAAUACCUCAUCAAUCAAGAGAAAUAAACCAAGACCCAAGUGUAGGGGAAGAAUUCCAGAAAAAUGCCCCACCCGAAAAGGCCGAGACAGCACAAAUGUUUUUAUCUUGGUACUCUGAUUUGGAAAGAGACAUGGAGAAAGAGGAAGAAGCACAAUACAGACAUUAUAUAGAAGAGUUACAGGGUUACCAGGACCAAUGUGACGGAGUACUAGGGGAGGUAACCACAGCCCUGACCUAUUUAGAAGGAUUACAGAAGCAGUAUGUCAGUGUAUCCACCAAGACCAAUGCACUUCAUGAGGCUUGUGAGCAUCUACUGGCUGAACAG